AUUUAAGGAAUGUGGGAGUCGAUGACUGAGGUGCUUUGUUACAACAGGCAGAAGAUGAAGCGUUAUAUUGCUGUCCUUCUGCUUGCCCUGCUGCAGGCUCUGUGCUGCUCAGGCGUACCCCAGUAUCAGUCAGAUCUGGCUUCCAUGUCAGAAAAGGCUCUUGGCGUGGCCAUGACCCAGGUCAACAAACUGUACGCAGGCCUUCGUCUCUACCGAGUCACAAGAGGUUCUGUCAAAAGGGUUGUUCCUAUCGGAUUGAACACGUAUGAUCUGAUGUUGAACUUUGGGAUCAAGGAGACAGACUGUCUGAAGAGCUCCGGGGAAGACCCACAGAGAUGUGCUUUCAGACUUGGCUUCUUUGUGACACCAGCAUCCUGCACCAGUCGUGUCCGUGUCUCCAGGGACUUGGCAGAGGUGGUGUCUCUCAACUGUGGCAAAGACAGCUCCAGCAGCUCUGAGUCCAGUGAAGAGACAUUUGCGAGGAAGAGACCGUUCAACCUGGACCCGUUCGAAAACCGUGGCCCCGCCCAACCAGUGUCUGGCUUCUCAGACGAUCCGUCGGGCUCUCCCGGCCUGCCGUUCCCUGGGCAGGAAUUAGCACCACCAAAAAUCCCCAGGGGCGACAGCUUCAGCAACCAUCUUCAGUGACUCGGCGAGACACGGUGUUGCAGACAGAAAUGGAAAGAUCAGCGUGAUUCCCAGUUCCGUCUUCUCGUCAGGCCCAUGGGCUCUGUACAAUCGUAUUGGUCGGGGAGAAGGUUUAGUAGGUUCUGAUGGUGGUACUCUACAUAAAAGAUGAUUUUCCAUU